UCAACUUCCAUAUCAUCCUCUAGCUCCCGUCUUCUUUUCUAGCAGAUCAAAAAGAGAAGAUCAUCGAUGAGCAACAUCACCAAAACUGCAUAUUGGGUAGUUUUUGUUCUUCUUGUAAUAAUGGUGGAAGUCAGAGGUCGUUCUUUUGGACUCAAUACUCAGGGUACUUCGUCUUCCCAAUUGGUUUCAGAUGGUAUAGAUCAUGAAUAUCAAAAUGAAAGUACCAGCUCCCUGUUACUUCUCAAAAGAAUUGAGAAUCGAUAUUCAACAGAGUCAUCGUGCGAGCAGCUUUACGGGUUCUUGCCAUGCUCCAACAGUGUUUUUGGGCAUGUGUUUCUAAUGGUGGUGUAUGAAUACUUGUUGUUUCAUGGUGAAUCUUAUUUGGCCGCUGGAGGUGAACAGAUUUUCAAGAUCUUGGGUCCUGGUGUGUUUGGUGCUAGUGCAUUUCACGUCAUCGGUGCCCUUCCUGAGUCUCUUUUACUUCUUGCUUCUGGGUUUUUUAACUCCAAGGAGAUUGCUCAGGAAUAUGUCUAUACUGGAGUUGGGUUGUUGGCUGGAUCAUCAAUUUUGAGCUUAACUAUACUAUGGGGGACCUGUGUAAUAGUCAGUAGCCAAGAGUUUUCAAAUAAUCUAAGCUCUAAGGCUUCCAAUGAUUCAAAUUCAUCCUCUUUUUCUUGGAAAAGACUGUCUGCAUCUUUGACAGAUUGGGGUACUACUACGGAUUCAGAGACCAGCUCCCUUGCAAGGAUUAUGGUUUGUUCAGUAAUUCCAUUUCUUAUCAUGCAAAUGGCAAAAAUCUUUCCAUCCUCUUCCGGGGAACGCAUUGCAAUCUUGACUGCUCUCAGUGUUUCUGUUGUAUUCCUGUUAUUGUACUUCAUUUAUCAGAUCUUCCGGCCAUGGGUUCAAAAAAGAAGAUUAGAAUUUGUGAAACUUGGGCAUUUGGUUUCAAGCAUUUUACAACAUAUCCAAAAACAUGCACUGGCAAGAGUCCUCACCGUAAAAGGGGCACCAAAUAUACCUGCUAUAAGAAGGCUGUUUGAGGAAGUAGACGACGAUGGUGACAAUUACGUAUCACCUUCUGAAGUAAGAGAACUACUUUGUGAAAUCAAGUUCAUAUCAACAGAAGACGAGAAGGAUAAAGGAACAGAAGAAGUGAUGAAACAGUUUGAUCUUGAUCAUGAUGGGAAAAUUAAUAAAGACGAAUUCAUCAAUGGCUUGGAUCAAGUCAGCGCAUAAACAAAAUACCGAAAGAUCGUUGGAGAACAUAUAUGAGGUCUUUCAACCUUGGAUUAUAAAUAGAAGAAGAGAACGAGAAAUAAAGAAGAAUUUAUUGUCAGAAGUACUAAGACAUGUCCAAAUCAAUUCACUCGGGAGCAUUGUCACAAAUGACGGCAGGCCUGAUAUACCCA